UACUUUUUCUUGAAAUCGAAUGAUGACUGAUAACAGCAAGAAGAAGAAGAAGAAGAAGAGAGGUGGGUCCAAGAGGAAAAUGACCCUCGAGCAGACGGUGGCCUACAAAGCGGUCAGCGACUGGGUUUUCUUGGACCAGUCGAACAGCGGCGCCGGCGCCGGCGGCGGUGGUGGUAGUAAUAAUAAUAAUUCGGGCAUAUUUGUGGAUGCUUUUCUAGAUGAUUUUGGGGUGCAAUGGUAUCAGCCGAAGGAGAAACUGGUGUUUGAAUUCCACUCACACACAACAUGCAGCGAUGGCUUUUUGUCCCCCACUAAGCUUGUUGAGAGAGCUCAUCAUAAAGGGGUAAAAGUUCUGGCUUUGACGGAUCACGAUACGAUGUCCGGCAUCCCUGAAGCCAUGGAUGCAGCUCGCAGAUUCGGCAUCAAAAUUAUUCCCGGUGUCGAAAUUAGUACAAUUUUUCACUCAAGAGGGGAUUCUUCGGGGGCAGAAGAACCCGUUCACAUCCUCGCAUACUACAGUAGCUGCGGGCCCACAAAAGCCGCACUAUUGGAAAAAUUCUUAGGCGAUAUUCAAGAGGGUAGGUUCCUCCGUGCGAAGAACAUCGUAGCUAAGCUCCACAAGCUCAAAUUGCCCGUUAAAUGGGAGACCGUUUCAAAGAUUGCAGGCAAAGGGGUCGCCCCCGGAAGGCUUCAUAUUGCUCGUGCUCUUUUAGAAGCAGGGCAUGUUGAGAAUCUGAAGCAGGCUUUCAGUCGGUACCUUCAUGAUGGCGGGCCCGCAUACUCCACGGGAAGUGAGCCUGUGGCAGAGGAAGCGGUUAAGUUAAUACGAGAAACGGGUGGAGUUGCUGUGCUGGCACAUCCGUGGGCAUUGAAAAAUCCGGCUCUUAUAAUAAGACGACUUAAAGAUGCGGGCCUACAUGGUUUAGAGGCUUAUAGAAGCGAUGGCAAGCUAUCGGUAUACAGUGAUUUGGCAGAUGCGCACGAUCUUUUAAAGCUGGGAGGAUCGGAUUAUCAUGGGAGAGGGGGCCCACACGAGUCCGAUUUAGGGAGCGCGAGUGUUCCGGUAACUAUGGUGCACGAAUUCCUGAAGAUGGCUCGACCAAUUUGGAGAAAUGCCAUUCUUGAAAUCCUCGAAAACUACAUCAAAGAUCCUUCGGACUCGAAUUUGCAACACAUUAUCAAAUUCGGAAGGACAAAAGCUGCGAAAACGAAUUUGCCCAUCUGCAAUGCGAAUGAAUUGAUCAACAAUUGUCUGUCAUCGUGGUUGUCGAAAGAAGAAAGAGAAAAUGCUGAAUUCGAGACCAUCAAGUCAACCAUGGGAGAUUUGGUUGUUCAUGCAGAAAGUAUUUAGGUAUUUUUUGUUUUCUUUUUUCUUUCUUUUUUCUAUUCCUUCCCUUCCAUACAUCGAAAAGGUGACGAGAAAUAUCAAUUUUGUCGAUUUAUUUUUCGAGGCAAUUUUGAUUGUCCACAGAAAAAAAAAAUUAUUUCUUUAUUUCAGAUCAUCUUUGUAAUGUUACAGUUUUGAAAAUUUUCCUAAUUUAUCACUUUGGUGUAUGUUA